AUGGGUAUCGGAUUCUCGAAAAUCUUUGAUCGUCUAUGGAGGAACCAGGAGAUGCGUAUCUUGAUGGUCGGUCUCGAUGCCGCAGGAAAGACUACCAUCCUCUACAAGCUCAAGUUGGGCGAGAUCGUCACCACCAUUCCCACUAUUGGCUUCAAUGUUGAAACCGUGGAAUACAAGAACAUUUCCUUCACCGUCUGGGACGUCGGAGGACAAGACAAGAUCCGACCGCUCUGGAGGCACUAUUUCCAAAAUACGCAGGGAAUCAUCUUCGUCGUCGACUCGAACGAUCGUGAGCGAGUGUCCGAAGCCCGUGAGGAGCUCCAACGCAUGUUGAACGAGGAUGAAUUGCGCUCCGCCAUCCUCCUCGUCUUUGCCAACAAGCAAGAUCUCCCCAACGCCAUGAAUGCCGCUGAGCUUACCGACAAACUCGGCCUCCACGGACUCAGGAACCGAACAUGGUACAUUCAGGCUACCUGUGCCCCGUCCGGUGACGGUCUCUACGAGGGACUGGAGUGGCUCAGCACGAACAUCAAUAAAAAGGUUCCCCAAUAG